AGCAAGGCCAAGAGCGAGACGGUUCUCAUCCCUUUUGGGUUUGUGCUGUCCGCGAACCUCUGUUCUCAGACCACCCGUUUCUCUCUCCCUAGAUUUUCUCCACCGAUCUCUUCGCUGCAAUCGCCGCCCCCUUAAGAAUGCACAGGCAAACGCGGCAUCUGGAAUGGCAGUCAACGACGACUGCAAGCUUAAAUUCUUGGAAUUGAAGGCGAAAAGAACUUAUCGUUUCGUAAUAUUCAAGAUCGACGAGAAGCAGAAGGAGGUCGUUGUGGAGAAGGUCGGCGAGCCCUCCUCGAGCUAUGAGGAUUUUGCUGCCAGCCUCCCUACCGAUGAAUGCAGAUAUGCUAUAUAUGACUUUGAUUUUGUGACUGAAGAGAACUUGCAAAAGAGUAAGAUCUUUUUUAUUGCAUGGUCCCCUGACUCCUCAAGAGUGAGAAGCAAGAUGCUUUAUGCAAGCUCCAAGGACAGAUUCAAGAGGGAGUUGGAUGGUAUCCAGGUCGAACUGCAAGCAACUGAUCCUACAGAGAUGGGCCUCGAUGUCUUUAGAAGCCGUGCAAAUUGAGCAUCUCCUGAUAAUUCAGAGGAAGUGUACCUCCUGCAAGCUAGUUGAUCAUAAUGUUUAUAGUUCCAAACAUGGUGAAUUCACUAGAUACCAUCUGGUCUUCUUUGCCUUCUUUAUGCAUCUUUCAAUUUGGUACAUCUUGCUGAUCUGUUUCCCGGUUAGACCUAUGACAUAAGUUUCUACAUGCAGCCUGAUUUUUACAAGC